AUGGCGACUGAUGCCGCGCUCCAAGAUCCGCUGCUUUCGCUCCGUCGUGCGAUUGCGUCCGGCAACCUCCCCACUCCAACUACCUCAUCUGAGCUCUCAGAUCAGCAUGCCACGGAAGACUUAGCGAAAGCCACACAUCUCUAUUUCUCUCAGCCAGUCCCCCAAACGAUCCCUCUAUCUACAGUCACCAGAUUCAUAUCAGAGGCAACCCAGUCGGCGGUCGACCUGCGCAGUAUCCUUUUCGCGUGGCAGAACAAAGAUGUCGCCAUUCCCGAGUACAUCGCUUCGGCGGAGAAGUUCAACGAAGACCUGAAGCAACACAAACAAGAAGGCGGCAAGGAAGAGAGCGUCCAAGUCCUGGUUUUCGUCGAGCGUCUCGACCUCAUCACCUGGUUAGAAGGCGCCGCUGAGGAGAUCGAUCACAUCAAACCCCUCGAGGGAGCAGCUGCAGCUGCCGAGGCUGCGGCUGCUGCUGCGGGUGUAGCACAAGCCGAGAACGCGGCAGGGAUUGCUGCUGGUGCGGCUGGAGGUGUUGCCUCAGCCCCCAGUGGCGCCACUGGAGCAGCACCGACAGGAGCCCAAUCCGGUCGCCCACAAAAGCAGAUCGAGCCUCGACUGCAGGAGAUCUACAAUGGAGAGCGCAAGACCGGCGACCGUAACACUGUUCUCCGGGGUAUCAAGCCAACAGACUUCUCUCACGUUCGCAAGAGUGCCGAGCUAUUCCUCGACCGGAGCCGCAAUCGUCCAGGGCACCCAGGUGCCAAACCAGGCACCUCGAGCGCCGUUCCGGCGCCCUCAGCUGGAUUGUCGGCCCCAUCAUCACGCAAGCCCGGCUCUCGCUCUCGUCCCGACCCUAUCAUCCUGAUCUCGCCCUCCGCCUCCUCUCUCAUCCGCAUGUCGAACGUCAAAACAUUCCUCGAAAAGGGUAUUUUCGUCCCACCGGAUCACCCCACCCUCUCCAGCGCAACAGACGCCAACCGUGUCGUGCUUGAGCGCCCACUCCGCAUCAACAGCGACCCGUCCAACCCCAAUGCCAACGCCAUUGGUUCUCGCACCGGCGGCAAGCCCACCCGUCCCACCAAGUUCGUCAUCCUCGAUAGCACGACCAACUUCAAGCCCGAUUACUGGAACCGCCUUGUCGCUGUCUUCACCACCGGUCAGACAUGGCAAUUCAAGCCAUACAAGUGGUCUUCCCCUCCUGAGUUGUUCAAGCAUGCCACCGGUGUAUACGUCGGUUGGCGCGGCGAGGAGGUUCCCAGCCAAGUCAAGGGUUGGGGACGCGGUGUGGACAACUUUGCGGUUGAGCGCUGGGAUGAGAAGAAUGGCAUCCAGGGCGGUGGGCGCUGGCGAGACCGCGAGGUGGUCGAGGGUAUUUGGGCGGCCAUUGAAGAGGGCAUGAGACUUCGUGGUUGGAGUCCCAAAUAG